AUGGCUCAGUUUGGAGGCCAGAAGAAUCCCCCUUGGGCAACUCAGUUUACAGCCACUGCAGUAUCUCAGCCAGCUGCUCUUGGUGUACAGCAGCCAUCGCUGCUUGGAGCCUCUCCUACCAUAUACACCCAGCAGACAGCACUGGCAGCAGCAGGCCUAACCACACAAACACCAACCAACUAUCAGCUUACCCAGACAGCUGCUUUGCAGCAGCAAGCUGCAGCUGCAGCAGCUGCCUUACAGCAGCAAUAUUCACAACCUCAGCAGACUCUCUAUAGUGUACAGCAACAGUUGCAGCAACCUCAGCAGACCCUUUUAACUCAGCCAGCUGUUGCACUACCUACCAGUCUUAGCCUGUCCACUCCUCAACCAGCAGCCCAGAUAACUGUUUCCUAUCCAGCACCCCGGUCAAGUCAGCAGCAAACCCAACCACAAAAGCAGCGUGUCUUCACUGGAGUGGUUACUAAACUGCAUGAUACUUUUGGGUUUGUGGAUGAAGAUGUCUUUUUUCAACUCAGUGCUGUUAAAGGGAAGACACCUCAGGUGGGUGACAGAGUUUUGGUAGAAGCUACUUACAAUCCUAAUAUGCCAUUCAAAUGGAAUGCACAAAGGAUUCAGACACUUCCAAAUCAGAACCAGACACAAGCCCAGCCAUUACUGAAGACGCCUCCAGCAGUUCUGCAGCCCAUUGCACAGCAGACUGCAUUCAGUGUUCAGGCACAGCCGCAGCCGCAGUCCUUGUUGCAGGCACAGAUAUCAGCAGCUUCAAUCACACCUUUGCUUCAGACACAGCCUCAGCCCUUACUGCAGCAGCCACAGCAGAAAGGUGGUUUGCUGCAGCCCCCAGUUCGCCUGAUUUCACAGCCUCAACCAGCUCGAAGAUUAGACCCACCAUCCAGAUUUUCUGGGAGGAAUGACAGAGGAGGAGACCCUAUGCCAAACCGAAAAGAUGACAGGAGUCGUGAAAGAGACCGAGAGCGACGAAGGUCCAGGGAGAGAUCACCCCAACGAAAACGCUCCAGAGAGAGAUCACCCAGACGAGAGCGGGAGAGGUCUCCUCGCAGGCCACGACGUGUUGUUCCUCGUUACACAGUUCAGUUUUCCAAGUUUUCAUUGGACUGCCGUAGCUGUGACAUGAUGGAGCUGAGGAGACGUUACCAGAACCUCUAUAUCCCAAGUGAUUUCUUUGACGCUCAGUUUACAUGGGUGGACGCUUUUCCUAUGUCUAGACCAUUUCAGCUGGGAAACUACUGUAAUUUCUACGUGAUGCAUAGAGAAGUAGAUCCUAUAGAUAAAAACACUGCUAUCCUUGAUCCGACGGAUGCUGAUCAUCUGUACAGUGCAAAGGUGAUGUUGAUGGCUAGUCCUAGUAUGGAAGAUCUCUAUCAUAAGUCAUGCGCUCUGGCUGAAGAUCCUCAAGAACUUCGUGAUGGAUUUCAGCAUCCUGCUCGGCUUGUAAAGUUUUUAGUGGGUAUGAAAGGCAAAGAUGAAGCUAUGGCUAUUGGAGGACACUGGUCCCCAUCACUGGAUGGACCUGAUCCAGAAAAGGACCCUUCUGUGCUGAUAAAGACGGCUAUUCGUUGUUGCAAGGCUCUUACAGGGAUUGACUUAAGUGUGUGCACACAAUGGUACCGUUUUGCAGAGAUUCGCUACCAUCGCCCUGAGGAGACCCACAAGGGGCGUACAGUUCCAGCUCAUGUGGAGACAGUGGUUUUAUUUUUCCCGGAUGUUUGGCAUUGCCUUCCCACCCGCUCAGAGUGGGAAACCCUCUCCCGAGGAUACAAGCAGCAGCUGGUCGAGAAGCUUCAGGGUGAACGCAAGGAGGCUGAUGGAGAACAGGAUGAAGAGGAAAAGGAUGAUGGAGAAGCCAAAGAGAUCUCUACACCUACACACUGGUCUAAACUGGAUCCCAAAACAAUGAAGGUAAAUGACCUUCGCAAAGAAUUAGAAAGUCGAACCCUUAGCUCUAAAGGACUGAAAUCUCAGUUGAUAGCUCGACUGACAAAGCAGCUGAAAGUAGAGGAACAAAAAGAAGAACAAAAGGAGCUAGAGAAGUCUGAGAAAGAAGAGGAAGAGGAGGAGGAUAGGAAAUCUGAAGAUGACAAAGAGGAAGAGGAAAGAAAGCGUCAAGAAGAAAUGGAACGUCAGCGGCGGGAGAGACGUUACAUCCUGCCUGAUGAGCCAGCAAUCAUUGUGCAUCCCAACUGGGCAGCAAAGAGUGGGAAGUUUGACUGUAGCAUUAUGUCUCUUAGUGUUCUUCUGGACUAUAGAUUAGAAGAUAAUAAAGAACAUUCCUUUGAGGUAUCAUUGUUUGCAGAACUUUUCAAUGAAAUGCUUCAGAGAGAUUUUGGUGUCAGAAUUUACAAAGCGCUGAUAUCUCUCCCAGAGAGGGAGGACAAAAAAGACAAAAAAAGCAAAAAAGACGAGAGGAAAGAAAAAAAAGAAGAAAAAGAUGAUGAAACAGAUGAUCCAAAACCUAAGAGGAGAAAAUCUGGAGAUGAUAAAGAUAAAAAAGAAGAUAGAGAUGAAAAGAAGAGGGAAGAUAAAAGGAAAGAUGAUUGUAAAGAUGAAGAAGAAACUGAAGAUGACAAUAAUCAGGAAGAAUAUGAUCCGAUGGAGGCAGAAGAGGCUGAAGACGAAGAUGAAGACAGGGAAGAAGAGGAAAUGAACAAACGGGAGGACAGAAGAGAAGGAAAUAGGCAUUGUAAAGAGAGGACGUCUAAAGAUAAAGAGAAAGACAAGAUGCAGAUGGUAACCAUUAAUAGGGAUCUCCUGAUGGCUUUUGUUUAUUUUGAUCAAAGUCACUGUGGAUACCUUCUGGAGAAGGACAUGGAGGAGAUACUGUACACUCUUGGACUACACCUGUCACGUGCUCAGGUCAAGAAGCUACUUAAUAAAGUAGUGCUUCGAGAGUCAUGCUUUUACAGAAGACUAACAGAUACUUCUAAAGAUGAAGAAAACCAAGAAGAGUCUGAGGAGUUACAGGAAGAUAUGUUAGGAAACAGAUUACUGCUGCCAUCUCCAACAGUAAAGCAAGAAUCAAAAGCCAUAGAAGAGAAUGUUGGCCUCAUUGUGUACAACGGAGCUAUGGUGGAUGUUGGGAGCCUUCUGCAGAAGCUGGAGAAGAGUGAAAGAGUGCGGGCAGAGAUAGAACAAAAGCUUCAGUUACUAGAAGAAAAAACAGAUGAGGAUGAAAAGACCAUACUACAACUGGAGAAUUCUAAUAAAAGUCUAACUGCGGAGCUUAAAGAAGCGAAAAAGGACCUUGGCCAACUGCAAGAAAAUUUGAAGAUCUCAGAUGAUAAAAAUUUGCAAUUUGAGGGUCAGCUGAAUAAGACAAUCAAAAACUUAGCUACUGUUAUGGAUGAAAUAGAGAGUGUUCUUAAACAGGAUAUUGUGAAGCAUGAAGAUAAAGAUCAGAAAUCCAAAGAAAAUGGAGCAAACGUAUGAUAAACCUGCUGCUGUUCAGAAGAAUGGUGUUACAUAAUGUAAUAUAAAUCAUGAUACCAGAAUGUAUGGGAAGUGAUGCAUGUUUGAUUUUAAUAGUAUAAAUAUCCUAGUUCCAAAAGAUGUAUAAAGUUUUAUGAACAUUGAGUGUCUGCUUCUGAAGAUUGCUUGUAAUUCUUAGCAUUCAAGACACUCCUCAAAUGAAAAUAAUUUUGCAUUGCAAAAUGUUUUAGGAUGAA